AAGGCAGCACCGUCGACAGGGGUGUGAUGGCGGAAGGUAAUGGAGGUGGUGACCCUGGGUCACAGGUAGAUGGGGAGAGAACAGAAGAUUACCAGAAACUAAUAAACUAUGGCUUAAAUGAAAAAGUGGCAGCAAAACUUGAUGAAAUCUACAAACAAGGCAAACUUCGACAUGAGGAUUUGGAUGAACGGGCACUGGAUGCAUUAAAAGAGUUUCCUGUGGAGGGAGCAGUGACAGUUUUGAAACAGUUCUUAGAAUCCAAUUUGGAACAUGUUUCUAACAAGUCGGCAUACUUGUGUGGCGUUAUGAAGACAUAUCGACAGAGGAAACAGUAUAACACAGAUAGUAUGACUGUCAAUCCAGGCAAAGGCCCAGAUGAAGAUAAUUUAAAAGCUAUCUUGGAGCGAUCUGGAUAUACUCUAGAUGUAACUACAGGGCAGAGGAAGUAUGGAGGCCCACCACCAAACUGGGAGGGUCCACCACCAGGCCCAGGAUGUGAAGUGUUCUGUGGGAAGAUACCAAAAGAACUGUAUGAAGAUGAAUUGAUUCCCUUGUUUGAGAAGUGUGGCGAAAUUUGGGACUUGCGUCUAAUGAUGGACCCAAUGACAGGUCAAAACAGAGGCUAUGCCUUCAUUACUUUCACAACACGUGCAGCUGCCAAUGAAGCAGUUUCAAAGGAAUCGUCAUAUCUUUUGCAGCUGAAUGAAUAUGAAAUUCAGCGCGGCAAAAAAUUAGGGGUCACUAUUUCAUACAACAAUCAUCGAUUGUUCGUAGGAAAUAUCCCCAAGAACAGGGAGCGACAUGAAUUAUAUGAGGAGUUUGCAAAGCACGCACCUGGUUUGGUCGAGGUGAUAAUUUACAGUUCUCCAGAUGACAAAAAGAAAAAUCGAGGCUUCUGCUUUUUGGAAUACGAGUCACAUAAGGCUGCUUCCUUGGCAAAGCGGCGAUUAAGCUCUGGACGAUUUAAAGUGUGGGGUUGUGAGAUCAUAGUUGAUUGGGCAGAUCCACAAGAGGAACCAGAUGAAGAUACUAUGUCUAAGCCAUGCUGCGUGGUGGGCGGGGAGGGGGUCGAGGGGGCGGCCGCAGUGACUAUGGUAAGUGGUGGAACUAUUACAACUAUUACUGGGGUCCAAGACCACAAAAGAACACAGGAUACAACUAUUACUGGAAUAACUACAGUUGGUACUAUUGAGUUGCUCAUCAACAUGGGACCAUAACAUCAUGUAUUGUAAUGAUAAUUUUCAAACAAUGGUGCUGAGAGUUGUAAAUAAUGACAGUCCCAGUGAUAAUGCUGUGCUUGUUUAUAUUGCCAUUUUGAAUUACAAGCCUAAUUGAUCUCACUCCUUUUAGGGGAGUGUCGUUUACUCCUGUUUAUAGCCACUGUUGACAACCUCUACUUAAGAACUUUAUUUUUUGGACAAAGUGAUAGACUAGACAUUAAGGUACAGGGACAGGCCCCUGUAUUAAUGGUAUAGGCAAAUUGAGCUUAAUAUUGCUCCUCAAUAUUUAACUGUAUAUGCAUGGAUUGGCUUGUUUUGUUUGUCAUUUUUCUUGUUAUAUAUUGGACACCUGCUGAGAGUAGUUAUGUAUGAAAUGUUAUGUUAACUAAAAUUGGAAGACUUGCCCUGUAUCAUAAUACAUGAUAAGAAUAAACUAGUUGUCAUGGAA